GGAGACCCCUGGCCUAGUUCACACUCUGGAGUAAUUCAGGGCGUGCUGAAGAAACCCCAAUCAGUUGCAUUCACACAACACCACAACAUGCUGAGUUCACACCAGGGCUGACAUCCAGCAGGUUCUGACAGGUUCUGGAGAACCGGUAGUGGAAAUUUUGAGUAGUUUGGAGAACCGGAGUGGGUUGGGAAUGGAGAUUUUGCCAUAUCCUUCCCCUGGAGUGGGGUGGGAAUGGAGAUUUUGCAGUAUCCUUCCCCUGCCAUGCCCAAGCCACACCCACAGAACCGGUAGUAAAAAAAAUUGGAUUUCCCCACUGGUUUACACUCUACAAUAAGCAAUGAUGUGCCAAAGAAACCCCAAUCAGUUUGCAUUCACACAAGAUCUGAAACACGGCUGAGUUCACUUAGCCACCAUGUGCCGAAGAAACCCCAAUCAGCCGCAUUCACACACAACACCCCAAAACGAGCCGGAGUUGCCUUUGAGGCAGGGGCGUGCAACUCCCACCCCUGGGCUCGUGGAACUAGGUUCAGGCUCGCGCUCCAAAAGCGAGCAAAUCAGGACACGUGUGAAUCCAACGCGCAGGGUUGGGAAGAGGCAGAAGAGACGCAAUCCGGGUGAAUUUCACCGCGGUUGACUUAACGGAACGUCUGCAAGGGAACAAGCGAGCUCCGAGAAACAACUUGGAACGGCGGCAAACUUUUUUCCCCGGGAAGUGAAGAGCGCGCUCGGGGAGCUGCGCGUCGGAGCGCGCCGGCCAAGCGGUUCCCCUUUGGCGCCGAGCCCCUUCCCCAGCGCCUGCCCGACCCCUGCCCUGCCUCCUCCGGCGCGCUCCGGCUGCCCUUGCAGUCCCUGGGAGCGAGAGUGGGGGGCGUCGCCGAGCCGCGCUUCCUGGGAGGAAGUGACCCAAGGCCGCUGGAAUGCCAGCCUGGCUCGGCCGAGGCUGCAGCGCCGCGUCUCCCGUUCGCUUCGUCGAAGCGGCUGUUGCUGCUGCUGCUCCGGCCAAGCCCCGGGCGCGGCGGAGGGCGAGCCAGGCGGGGACGGCAAGAGGAGAAGGAGGAGGCGGCGGCUCUCCCGACGUCCCGCCGCGGCCAUGCCGCACUUCACCGUGGUGCCGGUGGAGGACCAGGCGCGGGCCGGCUACGAUGCCUUGGAAGGGCUCAGCUGGGUGGACUACAGCCAGUCCGGGGCGGACGGGGCUCCCCGAGCGUCCGGCCAGCGGGAUCCCUACGACUCGGUCAGCUCCGACGGACAUGGCAAUCAUAAAGAGAGUUGCCCCUUCCUCAACAGCUCAGAUCAAGGCAAAGCAGAUUACUACGACCGUAACUUGGCCUUAUUUGAGGAAGAACUGGAUAUUCGUCCAAAGGUGUCUUCUUUAUUGGGCAAAUUGGUCAGCUACACAAAUCUUACUCAGGGAGCCAAGGAACACGAAGAAGCAGAAAAUGCCGAAGGCUCGAGAAGUAAAGUUUCAAAAUCUCCCAGUAUGGGGACCCUGAUGGGCGUUUACCUGCCAUGCAUGCAAAAUAUCUUUGGGGUCAUCCUUUUCCUUCGGCUGACAUGGAUAGUGGGAACAGCAGGGGUCUUCCAGGCCUUCCUUAUUGUCUUAAUCUGCUGCUGUUGUACCAUGCUGACAGCCAUAUCGAUGAGCGCAAUUGCAACCAAUGGUGUAGUUCCAGCUGGUGGUUCCUACUUCAUGAUUUCAAGAUCACUGGGUCCUGAAUUUGGAGGUGCUGUGGGACUGUGUUUCUACUUGGGAACAACAUUUGCAGGCGCCAUGUACAUCCUGGGUGCCAUUGAGAUCCUACUUACAUAUAUUGCUCCCCAGGCUGCCAUUUUCCAUUCAACUGGGGCCCAUGAUACUUCCAAUGCCACACUGAAUAACAUGCGAGUCUAUGGGACCUUAUUUCUCACCUUCAUGGCUCUUGUGGUCUUUGUGGGUGUAAAAUAUGUGAACAAGUUUGCUUCACUCUUUUUGGCUUGUGUCAUCAUUUCCAUCUUAUCCAUCUAUGCUGGGUCAAUUAAAUCCAUCUUCAAUCCACCUUUUUUCCCGGUGUGCAUGCUAGGCAAUCGGACUCUUUCAAGGGACCAGUUUGAUCUUUGUGCCAAAACGACAGUGAUCAAUAAUGUGACGGUGCCCACCAAUCUCACCAACCUCUUUUGCCCAGGUUACAACACAACCUCCAGCCACUGCGAUGAAUAUUUUCAUUUAAAUAACGUGACCGAGAUUGUCGGUAUCCCGGGAGCUGCAAGUGGCAUUUUGAAAGAUAAUGUCUGGGCUAAUUACUUGGAGAAAGGCGAGAUCCUGGAAAGAGCGGGCUGUCCUUCUGCUGAUGUAGCUGGAAAUAAGAACAACCUCCACUUGUAUGUGUAUGCAGACAUAGCGACUUCCUUCACUGUCCUUGUUGGCAUCUUCUUUCCCUCUGUGACUGGCAUCAUGGCCGGCUCCAACCGAUCAGGAGACCUCAAGGAUGCUCAACGAUCUAUUCCAGUGGGAACUAUUCUUGCUAUCGCCACCACAUCUCUUGUCUAUUUCAGCUGUGUGUUGUUGUUCGGAGCUUGCAUUGAAGGCAUUGUUCUUAGAGAUAAGUACGGUGAUGCUGUGAACAAGAACUUAGUGGUGGGCACGCUGGCCUGGCCCACGCCAUGGGUCAUAGUGAUUGGGUCCUUCUUCUCUACCUGUGGUGCGGGUCUGCAGAGCCUCACUGGAGCUCCACGUCUCCUUCAAGCAAUUGCCAAAGACAACAUUAUUCCAUUCCUCAGGGUGUUUGGCCACGGAAAGGCGAAUGGAGAACCAACCUGGGCUCUUCUGCUCACAGCCCUGAUAGCCGAGCUUGGCAUUCUAAUUGCCUCCCUUGAUAUGGUGGCCCCGAUUCUUUCUAUGUUUUUCCUAAUGUGUUACCUGUUUGUCAACCUGGCCUGCGCGGUGCAGACUCUCUUAAGAACUCCAAACUGGCGUCCCAGAUUUAAGUAUUACCACUGGGCCCUCUCCUUCUUAGGGAUGAGUAUCUGCCUCGCCCUGAUGUUCAUCUCCUCUUGGUAUUACGCUUUAGUGGCCAUGCUCAUUGCCGGCAUGAUCUACAAGUACAUUGAGUAUCAAGGGGCAGAGAAGGAAUGGGGCGAUGGGAUUCGGGGCCUCUCUCUAAGCGCUGCCCGGUACGCUUUGCUGAGAUUGGAAGAAGGUCCUCCCCAUACCAAGAACUGGAGACCCCAACUGUUGGUGUUGCUGAAGCUGGAUGAGGAUUUGCAUGUGAAAUACCCCAGACUCUUGACAUUCGCAUCACAACUAAAAGCCGGGAAGGGGUUGACCAUUGUAGGGACUGCCAUUCAAGGCAACUUUCUGGAAAGCUAUGGAGAAGCUCAGGCGGCUGAACAGACCAUCAAGAAUAUGAUUGAGAUUGAGAAAGUCAAAGGAUUUUGCCAAGUUGUGGUGGCUAACAAAGUUCGUGAUGGCAUUUCCCACUUGAUACAAUCCUGUGGAUUGGGUGGCAUGAAGCACAACACGGUGCUUUUGGGGUGGCCCUACGGCUGGAGGCAGAGUGAAGAUCCCAGAGCUUGGAAAACCUUUAUAGACACCGUCCGUUGCACAACGGCAGCUCACCUCGCCUUGCUUGUACCAAAAAAUGUGUCCUUCUAUCCCAGCAAUCAUGAGCGUUACAAUGAAGGGAACAUCGACGUGUGGUGGAUCGUGCACGAUGGAGGCAUGUUGAUGCUGCUUCCAUUUCUCCUCAAACAGCAUAAAGUUUGGCGAAAGUGCAAAAUGCGAAUUUUCACCGUGGCCCAGAUGGACGACAACAGCAUUCAAAUGAAGAAAGAUCUGGCGGUCUUCCUUUACCACCUCCGAAUUGAGGCUGAAGUAGAAGUGGUGGAAAUGCAAAACAGUGACAUCUCAGCCUACACUUACGAACGGACCUUGAUGAUGGAACAGAGGUCUCAAAUGCUGAGGCAGAUGCGGCUGACCAAAACAGAAAGAGAGAGGGAGGCUCAGCUGGUGAAAGACAGACAUUCGAUCGUAAGAUUAGAGAGCCUUUACUCCGAUGAGGAAGAUGAAGGGGAAGCAAUCCCAGAAAAGAUCCAGAUGACUUGGACAAAAGCUAAACACGACUCCGAGAAUCAGAUCGGAAAUAAUGUGGUGGAGAACUUCAGAGAACUUAUCAGUCUUAAACCUGAUCAGUCAAAUGUCCGAAGGAUGCACACUGCUGUGAAGCUGAACGAAGUCAUUGUAAAUCGAUCCCACGAUGCCCGGCUUGUUCUUCUCAACAUGCCUGGUCCACCAAAAAACAUAGAGGGGGAUGAAAACUACAUGGAAUUUCUUGAAGUUUUAACGGAAGGUUUGGAGCGAGUAUUGCUUGUUCGAGGAGGUGGCCGCGAAGUCAUUACUAUUUAUUCCUGAGCCAAAAAGAUCCUCUCUAGAUCCUCUAUUUUACCUGCUUCGUAAGAAAGGACAUUCCAGAUGGAGAAGCCUUUGACUUCUCUUGCUUUCUGUUCCUCGGUUUCACAGGUGUGCCCCCCAAUACACUACAGACGUGAACGCAAAUUCCAGUGAAUUCUUCCAUUUGCCAUGUAUCUUGAGUGUUUCUGCCAGGGAGAUGCGUUUAAUCACAAAGGCUGGGCUGCCAGUUUGCUUCUUGCUUUUCUAUUCCGACAGAUUUGUGUGCAGUUUCAAUGCAGAAGGUUUUCAUAUGUUUUUUUUUUCCAAAAACCAAGUGCAAAAUUUUUAAUGUGUGGACUUUGCUAACGGAGGACUGAAUUUGUUUAUUAGGUAACAGGAUUUAGAACAAACCAAUUUCUCCGUUAGGAUUUAACAGGGACUUUUUAUAGAACUGCUAGGGGUUUUUUUCCCUGCUUAUUAUUUUUUACAUGAAAAGAACCCUGUGGUGUUUUUAAAAUGUGUUGCGUGUAUAGUUUUUGUAAACCCACCACAGCCACAAUUUCAGUGUUGGAUAAGAAUUUAUACUUCACCGGUUUGAAAUUAUAACACUAGUUUCUUGCAGUGUUAUAUACAAAACUGGGGGUCUCGGAUUAAAAUAGACCCUCUAUGACCUAUUUAUAUUUUUCCUAUUUAUUGAUUAGAAUCAGUGGCAAUAAAAAUAUCACCUAGAGCAGGGGUCUGCAAACUUGGCUCUUUUAAGACCUGUGGACUUUGCUUUGCUGGCUGAGGAACUCUGGGAGUUAAAGUCCACAGGUCUUAAAAGAGCCAAGUUUGCAGACCCCUGACCUAGAGUAAUUUGUUAAGGUUGUAUUGCUGCACUAAGAGAGCCUGCUGGCAGCUAAAUUUGCAACUGUCGCUAGAGGUUUUCUUAAGGGGUAUUUUUUAAAAGUUUACUGCUAUCUUUGUUCUCUUCCAAACUGCAGGCAAAUAUAUAGGUUAUCCAAACGUGUUAAGUACACCAUGUGCUCGCUACAGUUUGAAGAGUAUACAUAUUAAAGAAAGGACAUUUUAUACUCGAAACUUACAGCUUUUAAAAUUAGUUUUCACAUCCAUUCAUUUGUACUUAUUGAUACAGGUCUGUAUCUCUCUCUCUUUUUUUUUCCAAUAAAACAUUGCAUACUUUUGAAUCUG